AUGUCUACGUCUAAAAAACCAAUUAUCUAUUUAUUCAAUGGUGGCUGGUUCCCGGCGAGUGUCUGGUCCGGUGUUCAAACAGCACUCAAAGCCAAAGGCUAUGAGAUGAUCGUCCCAGAGCUACUCUCGAACGCAACAGAUGGUUCGCAAGCUGGCAAAUCCGCUCUUGACGAAGUUCAGCAAUGCCACCAAAUAGUAGAGCCGCUAAUGGAUGCUGGCAAUACUAUUGUUGUUGCCGGUUGGUCAUUCGGAUCUAUUCCCGCCAUUAUGGCCACAAAAGGGUGGACCUUGUCGGAGCGAAAGGCAGUCGGGAAACGAGGAGGAUUUAAAUCCAUUGUCCACAUUGCUGGCUUGGCAGUCCUUACACCAAAUGUUGACUUUCUAGACGCGUGGGCGGGCGGCAAGGGCUACUCGCGGUAUGUUGACGUAGAUGGUGUCUAUGUUCCUGACGGGACUAUGCGCUUGAAUCAAUAUGCGGCUGAAGACUUUUUGAAUGAUCAAACUGAGGAAGUUCAGAAAUCGUGGUGGCCAAAAAUGAGGACCUGGCGCUUCUCGCAGGCAGCCCUAGAGACACCAAUUCCUACUACUCUCCACGAUCUUACUAUUCCAUCAACAUAUAUUGUACUCAAGAAUGAUCUGGGAUUUGCGACGCAGGCGCAGGAGAUGAUUGCACAGUCUCACCCAGCAACAAAACUUAUUGAAGUCGAUUCAGGGCAUUGCGUUUUCCUAAACCACGCAAUGAAGAUUGCUGAUAUCUUUGAGAGAAUAGCCUAA